AUGGCUGACAUCUCCGACGACGAAUCCAAACCCCACCUCAUCUUCUCCUACGGCACACUCAAGCGAGGCUUCCACAACCACAAGCUGACCAAGGAAUUAAUCGACCAAGACGACGCCGUUUUCAUCGGCCCCUACGUUACCCUCCACACCCACCCCCUCGUCUGCGGCCCCCACGGCCUUCCCUACCUCAUCAACCUCCCCGGGUUGGGUCACCGGAUCAGGGGCGAGCUCUACGCCGUUUCGACCCGGGGACUCGCCCGGUUCGACGAGCUGGAAUGCACCUCCAUCGGGCACUACGAGCGGCUCCCGGUUCAAUUGACGGUCAGUGCGGACAGAGACGACGUCGUUCCGGUCGAGGCCGAGGCCUAUUUCGCGCACAGAAGCUUUGGGGAGGCCAUGUGGGAGAGGAACGGGAAGGAGGGUUUGAGCGAGUUCACAGAGAAUGAGGCGAAACGGUACGUGAAAAGACAGGAUAGGCCUCAUCAGGGUCGCAAUAUUCUCGAGGACGUCCGGCAUUUUGUGAACGGAGAGUGA